GGCCUCGCCGAAUAUUCUGGGCAAAUGAUACAACCUAUCUUUAGAAAACCGCUUCCGCUUUCGCGAUAUGCCUGAGGGACCGACCUCAUUCAUUCUUGAGAUAAAGUGAAAACGAUUGAUUGUACUACAAUGCAGACACUCACUCCUCAUGUUUACUGGGCUCAGCGACACGGAGAAAUCUACCUGCGAGUGGAGUUGAGCGAUGCUCAGAAUCUCACCAUCAGAGUUGAAGAGAACACCCUCACCUUCAGGGGCCAGGGGCAUGGAGCCAAAGGAGAGAAUGAUUACGAGUUCAGCCUGGAGUUCCUGAAACCUGUAAAGCCAGAGGUGUCCCACAGAUCCACCCAGAGGCAGGUGAACAUCACAGUGAGGAAGCAGGAGCACGACUGGUGGGACCGCCUGACCAUGCAGGAGCGCAAGCCGCUUUUCCUCGCGCCCGACUUCGACCGCUGGUUGGACGAGUCGGACGCCGAGCUAGAGCUGAGGGAGAAGGAAGAAAAACUCAACAGAAUUAGCGUUGAGUCAAGGACUCGCAAAGACCCCUACUUGGGCCUGAAAAAGGGUUACCUUUUCAUGUACAACCUGGUUCAGUUCCUGGGGUUCUCCUGGAUCUUUGUCAACAUGACCGUACGUCUUUUCAUCUUGGGACAAGAUUCCUUUUAUGAUACCUUCCACACCAUCGCUGACAUGAUGUUCUUCUGCCAGCUCCUGGCCGUGUUGGAGGUGAUGAACCCAGCCGUGGGGCUGGUCAAGACUGGCAUUGUUCCUCCCAUGAUUCAGGUGUUUGGGAGGAACUUCAUCCUCUUUAUCAUUUUGGGGUCUCUGGAUGACAUGCAGAACAAGCCCGUGGUGUUCUUCGUCUUCUACCUGUGGAGCUCCAUUGAGAUUGUCAGGUAUCCGUUCUACAUGCUGGCGUGCAUUGACACCAAGUGGAAGCUACUCACCUGGCUCCGAUACACCAUCUGGAUCCCUUUGUAUCCACUGGGGGUGAUCGCAGAGGCGGUGGCCGUUAUCCAGUCCAUGCCCAUCUUUGAUGAGACCAAGCUGCUGAGUAUCCCACUGCCCAAAGGCCUGGGCUCCAGGCUGAGCUUCUCCUACGUUCUGCACCUCUACCUGGUGCUCAUGUUCUUAGGACUCUUCCUCAACUUCCGCCACUUGUACAAGCAGAGGAGAAAGCAGCUGCGCACCAAGAAGAGGAAACCGUACUGAGCGCUCCAGACAUAAAGAGCUCCAACACUGUACUUCCAUCAUCCAUCCACCUCUCCUUCCUCCCUCCCCAUUCCGUCCAUUAUGACAUCACCUGCACGCCCCCCACCCCACAUCUCUCUCUGAGGGACCAGUACUCUAAACGUACCUCGCUACCCAGCCCAAAACAAACCAACAGAAGUGCAUUAUGAUUGGUUUUAAUCCAGAUACAGUCCUCUUAAGCUUCAAAACCUAUUCACUUCCAACACAAACCACACACACACAAAAACACAGUGGAAAUGAGGACCGAAAAAAACGCCCAAAACAUCACAUACUUGAACAGGAGGAUAAGCCUGGCACAGGAAAUGUACACCUGAACAGUGUGGUGUGUGAGAACCUCAGCUGGCGGGGAGGGGUUGGUCAGAGAUGAGAACCGGAGCGGUCAUAUUUACUUCUCCUACUGUCCAGCGAGCCGACCCACCGAGAAGAGGAGAGCUGGAACCUCAGGGAAAGUGGCAGUGAAGGAGUUUGCAGAAAGCCCACUCUGAAGCGAUGUUUUGUUUAUUUACCAUAACAGAUGUUUGAUGUGUCUUGAUGUUGCUGAAGAACAUAAUGCUAAUAAUAGCUUGGUUUCAAAUAAAUAUUUAAAGCAA